AUGUCCCUAAGUUUGAAAGAUUAUCCCUGCACCACCUCAGCCCUGGUUUCCCUUACCGUGUCUGAUGUCAAGUACGACAACACCCAAGAUUCAUGGUAUCUGACAAUCUCAUGUGCAACACCAUCCUUUCCCAGACAAUUAGGGUCCGAUGUAACUAAUCAGUUCGGGGGAAGUGGUCAAUACAAGAUGAGUAAAGUCAAUGAUGAAGAAUCGCAAAUAGGUGAAUAUUAUUCCAUCGCCAGCGUCGAUCCUGGAUCAAUGCGAGAAUGGAAUCGUUCAAAAUACUUAGGGGUAUUCGCUGAUAGGUCUUUGGGCGAUGACAUCAAAAGCUGCCUCGGACGACCUGGUGAACUCAAGGCAUAUGGAAGCUUGAUCGGAUGUCAUGAUGACUUGUAUAAUGACCAUUUCAAUGAAAGAUUGUUUUCUCAAGGUAAUUCCACAGUUACAAUGGGUUCGGAUGUAUUCACGCCUACUGGAACUAUGACACCCUCAACUGGUCAUUUCGGUAUGCCGCUCUUCGAAAGUCAAGCCAGCCUUUCCCCUACGCCCGAGCGAGGAGAAGCCAAUGUGACUCUUAGAUUCGCUGCCACAGAGGGAUUUGCUGGUGGAAUGACCUACGAGGUGCAAGCAGUGGAAGUUGGUAAAAGUGGCGCUUCCUUCUGGCAUGAUCAAGUUAGUUUUGAUGUCAUCCAAAGGAACUUGACGAACGAAGCAUUCGCAAUGGAUCUCGAGUAUCCAGAUGGAGAUAAGACGGACCGCUGGGCACUAAAGCUCAGAAGCGUAGAAAACAGCCGGUAUAGAAGUGGAACAAGCUUCAUGGAAGGAACCGAAAUUCAUCAGGAGCCUCUCAAUUUCUCUGUCCCUAAAAAGAUGCGAAAUUUAAUUGUUAAUGAAUCCACGGGACGCAACAAAAAAGUGACAGGCAACGUAACAUACAUCAAGCGUAUACAAGGGAAAGCGAAUUAUGAGUAG